AUGACCCAUGUACACAAAAGAAGGUGUGAUUGCUACGAUUUGCACAAAGAGCUGGUUUCGUAUGUAGAGGCAUGGUCUUGGCAAAAUUCAAUUGUUAAAGAGAGAAAAGCAUUAAGUGAAAAGAAUGAAGAUUUUGCGGAUUCUCUUAUUCUUCUGCAACACCAGCCUGUUUAUACGUUGGGCUCUGGUAGUUCAGAAGAGUACUUGAAGUUUGAUGUAGAGAAAGCUCCUUUGGAUGUAUAUCGAACUGAACGUGGUGGAGAAGUUACAUAUCAUGGCCCUGGUCAGUCAAUAAUGAGAGAUGCUGCAGAUCCAGGGCCAAAACCAGGCCCAAAUCCAGGGGGACCGAGCUGGAUGCACCUUGGCCCUUGA